AUGGUGGGGGUUGUCGAGUCGGGAACGCGGAGUCCGACCGGGAUCAGCAUGGAGUCGUCCUGUGGUGCACUGCUCAGAGAACUAGAGGUGCUUGCUUCUCUCCCUCUCUCUCUCUCUUUCUCCCUCUCUGGCUCUCUCUCCCCUCAUUCUGUCUAUUUCUCCCUCUCUACCCCCUCCUCAUUCUCUCUAUCCGUCCCUCUACCUCUCUCUCUUGAUCACAUUUGUCUGUUCCUAUUCAUUAUUAGGGAGAAUUUGGACAGAAAUGGUGUAUUUUUUUCCUCGAGUAGAAAAUCGUCUUCUUUAUUCAUCUUCGAGACAGUUUGUUUUUGCUGAAACUUCAUCUCCCCAUUCCUCUCUCACCGUUUACCACCUUUUUUGUCAAAAUUGUUUUUCACGGGCAAAUAUUUUCAUAUCUUUAUUUUCACCGGCAGACACUUAAUUUGUACGUGAUGAGCACGUAUUUUUGCUCUACGAAUUCUGAUUUUUGUGCCAGAAAUGGUUAUCACCCUGGAAGUUAGCCGCAUAUAACUGGUCUACACCUGUGAAUGCGCACAAUAUGACAAUGCAGGAGCUCAUAAUUCUUGUGAUUGAUACAUAAAUUUUCCUGCAAUGGGCCCGCCUUCAAUUUCUUGCCCGUGUUCUUGAUUCAAUUAGGUGAAGAAAGUUAAUUGAUCUAUGUACAUCGACGAUUUCGGGCCAGAGAUUCGUUACUUUUCGACACCUUUGUUGAUAUCUUUCCCUUGGCAAAGCAGCAGACAUGCACCGAAAUAAGUUUUUUUUUUUUUUUGUUCUGAAGUAGACCAUCGAUUUUUAGUUCAUGUUCUUGGUUCAAUUGAGAGAAUCAAGUGGGUUAAUGUAUCUAUCUACAUAUAUCUCAAAUAAUACACGUUCAAAAAAUCAAUAUAUUUUUUUAAUGUCGUUUGCCCUCGUCCCUGUAAAAACCAGCACAUUUGGACCGAAAUAAAUCCCCCCCCCCUUUUUUUCAUUUUUCUUUUUUUUUCCUUCGGUAGGUCUUCGAUUUCUUGAACAUGUUAUUGAUAUUGUGGCAAAAAAAAGUAAAUUAAUAUACGUAAAUCAGAUUAAAAAUGUGCUAAUUGUGCAAGACAUGUUGCUCCUCUGCCCUUGAAACCUAGCACGUGUGGAGAUCUUCAAUUUCUUGCUCAUGUUCUUCAACUUUUAGCUGAAAAAGUAAUUUUAUUAAUGUGUGUAUAUAUAUGCUGACGGGAUUACUCAUAGAUAUGUGCUAUUUCUGGAUACUGUUGUUGAUCAUGCCCCUGGGAAAUCCAGCACCUAUGGACGGAGAUUGGGGAGAGCGACGCCGAGAAGGACCGGAUGCUGUUCGAACUGGAGAAGGAGUGCUUGCUGGUGUACCGGAGGAAGGUGGACGAGUCUACAGGAGAGAGGACCCGGCUCCACCAGUCAGUGGCAGCAAAGGAGGCCGAGCUAGCCGCGUUGAGGGCAUCCCUCGGGGAGCACACACCUCAGGCACAGGUAGAGCCGUUCACCAUCCUCCUCUCUUGCCAUUUAUGUUUAUAUUUUAUUUUUCAGAUGUGGGUAGAUCAUUCUGUCCGGGUGUGGGAAUGGUGGAUAGAUUUUGGCUUCUGGGUAGCUAUUUCUCUGUUAGCGAGAGAGAGAAAGAGAGAGAGGUUUUUUUUUUUAAUGGAGGUCAUUGAUUAUCCUAUUAUCUCGAGGGUUUGAUGUAUUGUAUAAAGGGUCAUUUUUAGGGCACAAUGAUCAUCCCCUCAAAGGCUGCUCCCUAUUUCUAUCAUUCUCACUUAUAGGCAGUAUCAUCUUCUUUUAGGAAAAAUUAUAGAGAGAAACUCCCCAGGUCGCUACGAUUUGGGUCAAGACGCUAAUUAUGGUCUAUAAAUCUGGCUGUGCCUAUGUAAAUUGGUGUGUAUUUGCUCUCUGAUUUGCCAUUUCUGUGGACUGAAUAUCCUCAAAUUUAUGGUUUUUCUUUGAGGUGGGUUUGUGGUCUGAAUUUACUCAAAUCUGUGGCAUUUGUUGGAGAGAGAAAGUAAUAAACUGGUGCAAUUCGUUUCUGAUGUACCCAGACAGAGAAAAGGUUGUCACUGAAGGAGCAGCUGGCUCUGGUGGCACCACUGCUGGAUGAGCUGAGAUUGAAGAAGAUGGAACGUCUCAAACAGCUAAUAGAGAUUAGAUCGCAGAUCGAGAAGAUCAGUGGGGAGAUUUCAGGCUACACUCACUUGAACGACAGCCCGGGAUGCCCUGCCGAUGUGGAAGAACUUGAUCUCUCGCUGAGGAAGCUCAGCGAUUACCAAGCCCAGCUUCGGGCUCUGCAGAAGGAGAAGGUAUUUAACGCAUGCCCAUCAAUUUCUGGUCAUCCCAAGCUAAUAUAAAGUAAGCUUUUAAUUUUGUCUCCUUUCUACAUUUCUGAUCCAAUUGCCCACCUGAUUUUGAUUUUGAAAUGGAGACCAUUAUGAAUUUAUUUUUAUCCCGCACUGAUCUCUAAGAAAGUCUAAUUGUUUUUCACAUCCAGUCAACAUUUAAGAAAAAUGUGGGUCAUGAUGUGUUUGUUUAUCUCAAAUUAAUAUUUAAGAAAUUUUUCUUAUCUUCAUCUCCAAUGUACAUUUUCUGCUCCGGAUCUUGAUUGCAUUGGCCAUCUAAUUUCCGCUUUUAUUUCUUUUUAUAAUUUGGGUGAUGAUGGGUUUGUUAAUCCCAAAGUAAUAGUUAAGAAAUUCUCCUUAUUUUCAUCUCCAACAUACUUUUCUGCUACAUAUCUUGAUCGAAUUGCCCAUCUAAUUUCUGCUUUUUUUAAAAAUUACCAAAAUGUGGGUCAUUGUGGGCUUCUCAUAUUUAAAGGACUAAUUCUCUUUUUUUUUGGGCUGUGUUCUUAAAUUGUGGACCAUAAUGGGCCAUCAUGGGCUAUAGUCAGGGCGGCUCAACAAGGUCCUUGAGUACGUCAAUGAGGUCCACAGCCUAUGUGGCACUCUUGGGUUGGACUUCUCCAAGACUGUUGACGGGGUGCACCCUAGCCUGCAUGAGGUGGGCCCCACCGGGUCGUCGACCAAUAUCAGCGACAACACCUUGGAGGGGCUGAAGCAGGCCGUCCACAACCUGGAGGCGGAGAAGGCUUCCCGGGUCCAGAAGGUGAGAGUGGUGGCGGAACAGAGGCCCCUGGCAAAUUUUCUCUCUCUCUCUCUCUAUCUCUCUCUCUGAUUAGCUUUGUUUCAUAAUUCAGUUGAGGGAGAACAUGACGGCCCUGUUCGAGCUGUGGAGCUUGAUGGAUUCAGGCCCUGACGAAAGGGGGGGAUUUGAGAGGCUCGGAUCCGUCGUCCGAUCACUGGACUGUGAUAUCAAGGAGGGCGGCGUUCUCUCUCUGGAGACAAUCGAGCAGGUUCAGAUCAGUCGGAACCUUUUUUGGCUGGCAGAGGACUUGGGUUUCAUCUACUUAUAGUAAUCUCUUUUCUUCUUCUUUUGUUGUGUGGUUGUUUUUGGGUGGCGGAGGACAGACAGCAGCGGAGGUUGAGAGGUUGACCAAACUGAAGGCCAGCCGGAUGAAGGAUCUGGUGCUGAAAAAGAGGCUGGAGCUGGAGGAGAUAUGCCGGUGGGCCCACAUCGAGCCUGACACCAGCACCGCACCUGAGAAAUCUAUUGCUCUUAUAGACGCCGGUAAGCUAUCCUCUGCCGCCUCAGUUGUGGCCCCCACCGGGACCCAACGAUUUAUUUAUUUAUUAUUUUUAUUUUAAUUAUUAUUUAUUACUAUGUUAGGCAUUGUGGAUCCUUCGGAGCUUCUGGCGAAUAUGGAGGAGCAGAUAGAGAAGGCGAAAGAAGAGUCUCUGAGUAGGAAGGAGAUCAUGGACCGGAUUGGCAAGUGGGCGUCGGCGUGUGAAGAGGAGAAGUGGCUUGAAGAGUACAACCAGGCAAGGAAGGGGCGGGGGCCACUUACUUCCCCAACGCAUGCAGAUAUAUAGAAUUAUUUAUUUAUUAGGUGUUUAUUUAGUAUUAUUUAUUUAUUUUAAGUUACUGAUAGCAGGGUUUUUUUUUUUUUUUUUUUUCUUCUUUUCUGUAGGAUGAGAACCGAUACAGCACGGGAAGGGGCGUCCACCUGAACCUGAAACGGGCCGAGAGGGCCCGCAUAUCUGUGACCAAGAUUCCUGGUAUUUGCGACUCAAAGUCUCGAUCUUUGCUGUCUAUGUGCUUCAAAAUGUGUUCUUUUGUAAUGUUUUUUUUAAUUGUGGGUUUGUGGUUUCUCUAGCCAUGGUGGACAUCUUGAUGAAGAAGACCUUUGCCUGGGAGGAUGAGAGGAAUAAGCCGUUCCUCUAUGAUGGGGUGAGCUCUGGUUUCUCCUUCAAAGCCGUCUCUCUCUUCUCUCUCUCUCUGUGAUCCGUUGAUAAUCACAGGCUGACCAGCAGCUCCCUUGGCUCCACAGAUCCGUCUGGUCUCCAUCUUGGAGGAGUAUCAACUCACCCGGCAGCAGAAGGAAGAGGAGAAGAAAAGACGCCGGGUAUCCACCGAGUUAAAUCACCACUACUAGUUCUUUGUCUUUGUCUUCGUCUUCGUCUUCUUCUUCUUCCCUGAGCAUCUGCCACUCCUCUCCCUCUCUCACCCGGCAGGACCAGAAGAAGCUUCAUGGGCUUCUCAUGGCGGAGAGGGAAUCAGUGUACGGGUCCAGGCCGAGCCCAAACCGGAACGGCAGCUACAGCAGGAAACCGGCAAAUGGGCAUCGAGGGAACGGCUACCUGAACGGAUCGAUGACUCCGGCGCCUCGCCGGGUCUCCCUCGGUAGCGCAACGCCGGAGCUUCUCACUCCCCGCUCGUACUCCGGCGGCCGCCAGAACGGGUUCUUCAGGGAGACGAGGAGGUUGUCAACGGCGCCGCUGAAUUUCGUGGCGAUCUCAAAGGAGGAUACUUCGUCCUCCUUUGCCUCCAUUAGCGGCUCCGAGCCGGGCUCUCCCCCCCUUGUCUGA